AUGUCUAAACAAUACCUCACAACACAUACGGUCGAUGAUGCACACAUCACCGACAUCUUCUCCCUAGCUGUAACACCCACACAAGUCCUCUCCGCAUCAGGCGCCUCCUCCAUAAAAGUCCACUCCACUACCACCCCCGACAUCCCCCUCGCGCAAACCCUCACCAACGCCCACAAACUUGGCUGCCACCACAUCGUCACCUCUCGCAACGGGCGUAUCGCUGCCAGCGCCGGUUUCGGCGGCGAAGUCAAGAUCUGGAAUAUCUCGGAGUCGGAAGAAUGGGAAGAAGCAGGCAAGAUUGUGGACGGGAAUAAGGCUGGUGAGAUCUGGGCUAUUGCGUUGAGUGAGGAUGGACAGUUUCUAGCGGCGACAACGUAUGAUGGGCGCAUUAAUGUGUGGGACUUAGUAGAAGAUAGAAAGAAGAUCAGGGAGUAUGAGACGAAAGGGAGCUUUGGCAUGUGUAUUGAUAUUAGCCGGGAUGGGAGGUUUACGGCGAGUGGGCAUGAGAGUGGGGCAGUUUAUGUGUUCAAUAACGAUACGGGAAGGAUGGUACAUUCGUUGCCUGGCCUGGUGAAGCCUGUACGGACGGUGGCCUUUUCACCAGCGGGAACUCGUUUGGCUGCUGCUGGCGAUGCAAGAGUUAUUGCGUUGUAUGAUGUUCAACAUGGGGAGCAAGUUGCGGAUUUGACUGGUCACUCGGCGUGGAUCUUUUCCGUUGACUGGAGUGAUGCUGGCGAGUAUCUGCUUAGUGGUUCGUUUGAUGGGAAGGUCAAGGUCUGGUCUAUUGAUAGGAGAGUUUGUGUGGCUACACAUAGCGAAACGGACAAGACGUUAUGGUGCGUGAAGUGGUUGCCAAAAGUUGGGAAUAAGAGUGAGGCUUUUGCUACGGCAGGUGCAAAUCGAAGCAUCUCCUUCUACAGAGAGGCAACUGGGGGUUAA